AUGCCUGGUCGUCUCGAAAAUAAGAUCGCCAUCGUUACCGGAGCUUCCGCCGGCAUAGGUCGCGCUAUUUGCCUGGCAUUUCACCGAGAAGGUGCCACCGUAGUCUGCUCCAGCAUCAGUGAGAAUACACGUAACGAGGCGUUUCGGGAGGAAUUCACCACGCAUGAUUUGAUCGUCAAAGAAGGCGGCAAAGCUAUCUUUGUCAAAGCCGACGUUGGAAAAUCCGAAGACAUGCAGGCCCUAGUCAAGAAGACGGUUGAAACAUAUGGGCGUUUGGACAUAAUGGUGAACAAUGCAGGUAUCAAUUUUGAAUCCCAUGAUCGUGUGCCGGUACCUGUUUGGGAAGUUUCCGAAGAACGCUGGAAUAAAACCAUGUCCAUAAACCUAAACGGGACUUUCCUAGGUUGCAAAUAUGCCAUGGCCCAGAUGGUGCAGCAGGAGCCCCAUACAAACGGGGAUAGAGGUUGGGUAAUCAAUGUAUCUUCCAUGCUUGGAAAGGUAGGAGCCGCAUAUGCCGCUUCAUAUACCACAUCAAAGCAUGCAAUCAUGGGUCUUACAAAAACCGCAGCUUUGGAAGGUGCUCCUCACAGAGUACAUGUCAAUGCUUUGUGUCCAGGGUUUGUGGAAACUGCUUUUAUAGCAGACAUAAAACAGAACCCAGGGGUUUCAUCCAGUCUCGAGUCGCUGCACCCAUUCAAGGGUUUUGGACAGCCUGAAGAUGUUGCCAAAGCCGCAAUCUUUCUAGCCUCAGAUGACAGCUCUUGGGUCACCGCCAUCGGGUUAACUGUCGAUGGAGGAUACACAGCGCAGUAA